AUGUUCAUUGGGUUAAUGUGGAUAGCAGUCAUAUUCAUAAAUAUAACACCUAUAACUGCGCAAGGACCAUCACCAAAUAAAAAUAGUACAGAAAAAUGCAUACCGUGCAAUAAAAUUGAAAUAAAAUGCCCUACAUGUCCAGAAGGUGAAAAAUGCAUUUUGACCUUACGAUCAUGUUCUGAAUGUCAAAAGGCAAAAUGUGUCAAAUUAUCACCAAUCGAAUUACAAGAUAAUGAUAAUAAAAAUGGAGACAAAAAUGGCAAUCAAACGUUAUUACCAGCAGUUAUUGGUGGUAUCCUUGGGGUCGGGCUUUUAACUGCUAUGGGUUAUGGUUAUUUUGUAUGGAGACGAAGGACACGAAAUGUUCGAGGUGUUAAAUUAAAUAAUAACGAAGAGAUGGUUUCAAUAGAAGGAGUAAAUGUUAUUCCAAUUGCAUAUAUACCAUCAACCAAUCCAUCAACACCGACCACCCCUAAACCGAGACCAUCUUAUCCAAGAUUACGAGCGUCACAUGUUAGUUGUGGAACUUCACCUUUAGCUAGCCCUAUACCUUUUAACCUUAAUGAUGAACCAUUAAUCGAUAUUACGGAUGAUGAUGAUUUAGUUUCUGAUGUUGGUACAAUAUUACAAGCGACAAAAACAGCCCCCACAGCUACUCUAAUGACAGCAACCCGGGCUAAACCCGCACUUGUUCGACUUAAUAAUGUAAAAUCACCAAAUAUUGAUACGAGUCUAGCACAAUCUAUGCGAAAUGGAUAUAGCAUUCCUAAUACGCCAAAGACUCCCAUGACUGAUAAUACUUUCUUAAGUGCACCAUUAUUAUCAUCUGUACCAAGCAGCCCAACUUCAAAUUUUUCAAGAGAUGAUUCUGAAACUGAACAGAUAAUGCCUCGUAUAGAUAUAGAAAGGGCAUCAGCGGAAUCAGCUCGUGUUGCAAGCCAGAAAUCAACACCGCGACAUCUUAAUUCAUCUUCCUUGGAUCCAGUCGAAGGCCGACAAUCAUUCGGGCUAUUUGGUAGCAGUGAGGUGUAUAGUAACGACUCAUCCCCACCUCAAUUACAGCGAGAGAGUAUUUUGAGUUCUACUAGUUCUAAUGGUAGAAGUACGUUGUUUUCGGAUGAUGGAGAUGGUGAAAUCACGAUCUUUUGGGGAGGAAAUGAGCCUCCUUUUGUAAUUACAGCAGGAGAAGUAGGUCAAAUUCAAGUUCAAGAACCUAAAAAUCAUGUAGAUUCAGUCGAUAAAGAUCAAAAUGAGAAAACAAAAACAAAUGAAUCAAUAUAA